GUGGUGUUCCUGCCGCCCUACGAGAGCCCGCCCGCCUGGGUGCCGCCGCACGAGCGGGUCUAUCACCCCGACUACAACAACGAGCUGACGCAGUUCUUGCCGCGCACCGUCGUCCUCAAGAAGCCCCCUGGGGCGCAGCUGGGUUUCAACAUCCGUGGAGGAAAGGCCUCGCAGCUGGGGAUCUUCAUCUCUAAGGUGAUUCCUGACUCGGAUGCACACCGAGCUGGGCUGCAGGAGGGAGACCAGGUGCUGUCGGUGAAUGAUGUGGAUUUCCAGGACAUUGAGCACAGCAAGGCCGUGGAGAUCCUGAAGACAGCCCGUGAAAUCACCAUGCGCGUGCGGUACUUCCCCUACAAUUACCAGAGACAGAAGGAAAGAACCGUCCACUAAUAAACAGUUGCCUGCUGGGGCCCUCUGGAGUCCUGCAAAGUCUUCACUGCCUUUCCUCAAGAUCUGAGCUGACAUGUCCAGUUUCAGCUGUCACUGGAGGUACAACUGUCCUGCUGGCUGCAUGGGCAUCAGCUCUACUUCCUGCUUGGAGGGACACUAGAGUCUUAAUUACCUGGAGAUGGAUGGAACUUUAGUCUGCACUUCCUGAAUUAGGUCCUGAAACAAGCUGCUGGUGCUGAUGUGGAAAUGGGUACUGGAUGG